UCACAACAUGGCUCAAUCAAAGGCCACCAAGAAGUUCGAGAAGAACCAUCUCAAGGACACAAUCAAGCGUCGCAAGGAUUUCGCCAAAAUCAAGCAGCGCCACCAAAUCAACGAGAAGAAAAAGGCAAAGAGAGCUGCCGACAAUGAAGUUUCCACACCACCACCAGAGACCAGAGCGCCGGCCAAGGAUGGAAAGCAAGACUUUGAGAGCAUGAAUGUCGACGACUUCUUCCAGGGAGGCUUCGACGUACCAGAGCUGCCGGCAAAGAUGGACAAGUCGCUCAAGAGGAAACGCGCCGCAAAGACCGACGACAAGGACGCACAAGCAACACCCGCCGCCGCCGACGAUGAUGCAUCAGACUCGGAUUCUGAAGUCGACGACCCGGAAGCUUUCCAAGCACAACUGGACGCCCUCGCCGCAAAGGACCCCGAGUUCCACAAGUACAUGCAAGAGAAUGAGCCCGAUGCUCUCAACUUUGAGGAUGCAGACUUGGGCGAGAUUGAUGAGCUGAGUGGUGAUGAGGAGGACGAGAGACCAUCAAAGAAGCAAAAGGGAGAGGGCAACGAGGUGACCAAGCAGAUGAUCGCAAAGUGGCAGAAGGCCAUGACAACACAACACUCGCUACGCGCUUCCAAGGAAGUUGUUCUUGCCUUCCGUGCUGCUGCUCACGUUUCAGAUGAAGAGGACAAGAUCUUCAAGUACUCCAUCUCAGACCCGCAAGCCUACCACGAGCUGUUGGUUGUCGCGCUCAAGCACCUGCCUGAGGUUCUCGCACACCAUCUGCCCGUCAAGGAGAAGGCUGGCGGCAGAGUGACUUUCUCGACCGACUCGAAGAAGUUCCGCAACCUCAGCCCUCUGCUCAAGUCGCAUCUCACAUCAGUUCUGCACUUGCUCGCCCACUUGUCCGACCCCAACACCAUCCGCAUGACCCUCACCAACGUUCUUCCUCUCCUCCCCUACGUUCUCUCAUUCAAGAAGAUCAUCCGUGAUCUGACAAAGGCUGUCACCGGUGUCUGGUCCGAGUCAUCAAGCACCGAAGCCACCCGUAUUGCUGCUUUCCUCGUUCUCAGAAGAUUGGUCGUCAUUGGUGACGCUGGUAUCAGAGAAGCCGUUCUCAAGACCUCAUACCAAGGCCUGAUCAAGGGCAGUCGCAACACAACCGUCCACACCAUCCAAGGCAUCAACUUGAUGAAGAACUCGGCAGCCGAGCUUUGGGGCAUCGAUCCUACCAUUGGCUACACAACCGGUUUCACCUUCAUCCGUCAACUCGCCAUCCACCUCCGCAGCAGCAUCACCAACAAGUCAAAGGACUCAUACAAGACCGUCUACAACUGGCAAUACGUACACUCCCUCGACUUCUGGUCCCGCGUUGUCGCCUCGCACUGUCAAUCGCUCGCCGAGGCCGAGAAGGGUGCCGCUUCCCCCCUGCGCCCCUUGAUCUACCCCAUCGUGCAAGUCACCCUCGGUGCCAUGCGCCUCAUCCCAACCAGCACAUACUUCCCCCUCCGCUUCCACCUCAUCCGCAGUCUCCUCCGCAUCUCCCUCUCCACCGCCACCUACAUCCCCCUCGGCUCCGCCCUCUACGAAGUCCUCAACGCCGCCGAAAUGCGCAAGCCCCCCAAAGCCUCCACCCUCAAGCCCCUGGACUUCUCCGUCGCCGUCCGCGCCCCCAAAACCUACCUCCGCACCCGCGUCUACCAAGACGGCGUCGGCGAACAGGUCAUCGAACUCCUCUCGGAAUUCUUCAUCCUGUGGGCCAAAUCCGUCGCUUUCCCCGAACUCGCACUCCCCCUUGUCGUCCUGCUGAAACGCUGGCUCAAGGAAACGGGCAAGAAUUCCAAAACGCCGAAUAACAAUGCAAAACUCACUUCGCAGAUGAUCCUGCUGGUGCAAAAAGUGGAUGCGAAUAUCCGCUUCGUAGAGGAAAAGAGAGUCAAGGUCGACUUUGCACCAAACAACCGCAGCGAAGUGGAGAAUUUCCUAAAGGACACCGAGUGGCAAAAGACACCACUCGGCGCUUUCGUGGUCGGACAGAGAAGAAUCAGAGAUGAAAAGCAAAAGUUGAUGGAGGAGGCAAGAAAGGAGGACGAAAAGAAGAGGGAGGAAGAAAAGGCCGAAAGAUUGGCACAGGAUGGUCAAGAUUUCGACGACGAAGACGAGGCUAGUGGUGACGAGGACGAGUCUGAAGAUGAAGAGAUGGAGGUUGAAGGUAUCAGUGAUGAGGAAGACAGCGAGUAGAUGUGGCCAGCACAGUAAGGAAAAGUUGAUUUUUUGCAUCGUGUAUAGGCGUCUCUAUUUCUUGGUUGGUUUCUUCUUCAGAGAUAUCAAAGUAUUACAUUUUGAACCUUUUGUCAUUCAGAAUGUCACGUUUUCUCCUGUGUCCGUAUUCGUUACGUGUGUAGCUGCAGAACUGCACGUCGUUUUCUACAGAGUUCUCGUACCAAGUAAGAGCAUCGAUUGAAUAGUUCACAGAGAGGAGAAUAGGAGAGAUGGAA